ACCGGCGUACAUUACUAUAUAAACCGACUCAUCGAACAGGUGCAAAGACACACAGACAAACAACCGAACAGAACACAAAACCAAAAGAAAAUAUGGCUUCAACCUCAACACUCCUAAUGAAAACAGUCUUCAUCGUACUCUUCUUUGUCUCUUUCACAAUCUCUCCGGCAACUUCAACGGUGCCUGAAGAAUGCGCAAGCGAGUCAGCAAACCCUUGCGUCAACAAAGCUAAAGCUUUGCCUCUCAAAAUCAUAGCAAUUGCUACAAUCCUAGUCGCAAGCAUGAUUGGUGUUGGAGCUCCUCUCUUUAGCCGUUCCGUGCCGUUCCUGCGACCCGAUGGAGACAUUUUCACCGUGGUUAAGUGUUUUGCCUCGGGAAUUAUCCUCGGAACCGGUUUUAUGCACGUUUUGCCUGAUUCUUUUGACAUGUUGUCAUCCAAAUGUCUUGAAGAGAACCCGUGGCACAAGUUUCCCUUCACGGGGUUUCUCGCUAUGUUGUCUGGUCUAAUUACUCUAGCCAUCGAUUCCAUGGCUACGAGCCUCUAUACUAGCAAGAACGCAGUUGGGAUCUUGCCACAUGGUCAUGGUCAUGGUCACGGCCCCGCAAAUGAUGAUACCUUUCCGACAAAAGAUAAUGAUUCCGAGACUGCACAACUCUUGCGAUAUCGAGUCAUUGCUAUGGUAUUGGAGCUCGGAAUUAUAGUUCACUCGGUGGUCAUUGGACUGUCUCUAGGAGCAACUAAUGAUACUUGCACCAUCAAAGGACUCAUCGCUGCUCUUUGCUUCCAUCAAAUGUUCGAAGGCAUGGGUCUUGGUGGUUGCAUUCUCCAGGCUGAGUAUACGAACUUGAAAAAGUUUGUUAUGGCAUUCUUUUUCGCGGUGACAACGCCAUUCGGUAUAGCGUUAGGAAUCGCAUUAUCAACCGUUUACAGAGAAAACAGUCCCAAUGCGUUGAUCACCGUUGGACUUCUCAAUGCAUGCUCGGCCGGAUUACUAAUUUACAUGGCCCUUGUCGAUCUUCUAGCAGCCGAGUUCAUGGGGCCAAAGCUUCAGGGUAGCAUCAAAAUGCAGUUCAAAUGUUUCGCAGCCGCUCUUCUCGGCUGUGGUGGAAUGUCGAUUCUUGCCAAAUGGGCCUAACUAAUAACCGCGAGAUGCUGCGGCAUGUGAAGUUGGCUUUAGGUUUGAGUCUCGAUUCUCUAUCGGUUUUGCUUCCUUACAAUGCACUUACGUGGUACUAUCUACCACAUUUGGAAGAACAUGUAUAUUGGUAGAUAUUUAAUAAUGUGAUUGGUCCCACGAGUCCAUAGUCUUUUUAAUGUUCCUUUUUUUCUUGUGGUUAACUUUGUCGUGUGAUGUUUGGCAUGUUGUAUAAUACUAAUAAAACGUUUGUUUCUUUUACAUGAUUAGAAAUUCAACUAUAACUUACGGCUGUGUAAUCUAAAUCCGGUAAAGCUACAACCUACAGGCCAAUAACUGAAACAGUAUCUUAGUCUAUAGAAUUAGGCCAGUACAUAGGCAUAAUCUAUAAAGUUAGGCCAGUACAUAGGCCUAGUCUAUAGAAUUAGGCCAUUAUUUAGGCCCAUCGUCAAUUUACCUGCAUACCAAACUGCUUCAAUUGUAUUUACAAGGUCUAAGAUCAGCUCUAUGCAGGGGCGGCUCAUGUCGAGAGGUGGUAGGAGAAAAAAGCAAAUGUCGUAACUCAUAACGGUCUUUAAAAGCUUCUGGUUUAACUUGAAAAUCCAUGUCCAAUUGUAGAUUUUUUUGCUUGGAAGAAGUUGGCCUGAUAAUACUAGCAGCCCAUUUAAGAAGACAGGCAAUUGAUAGUGUCAAAUCAAAAACACAGGUUCAGUGGUUAAACUGAAAUAUUUAAUUUUGUUGUUAUAUCCACAAAAUAAGAUCGAGAAAAUUACAAUACUUGAGUUUUUGUUCACUACGUAGCUCGUCACGUCAGCGUUUUGUGGGUCCCACUUUUAAAAAAUGUAAAAAAAUGUGAAGCCCGGGCUCGAACCAAAGUUAUUGAGAUAUAAACACCAACAUUUAUACUAUUAAGCUAAAUGAAACUUUGUACAUUGAUAGACGAACCUAAUAUAU